UCUUUGCUUUCUCUUCUCCUAGAAGCUAUAAGAUCGAAGACACAUAGACACAAUCACAAUAACAUAAUUUUCCUACGCAACUACUGAUAGCGACUGUGACAACUGAUAAUUCAUUCGUUCUUACAUCCCUGUCAAAAACACUUUGAAAAACUGUGUACCACUUCAUGGAAAGCUCCAAUUAACAAGCACUGAAAAACAUAAAAAAUUGAAAACAAACAGGACGUACUGUACAGUCAAUAUGGCCGGUGAUAAACACGGUGACAAAUCGAACAAUCGUGAAAAAAGUAAUGAUAAUAUCGAGUGUCACUUGAAUUUGAGUCUCGAUGAAGCUUUCUCCGAUAACAUUGAGUUUACUUCUUGUCCUGAAUUUCAAUUCGCCACAUUGACUUGCUAUAUCUGUAAUGGCUACUAUGGGCCUUGUUUUGAAGAGCCCGUCUGUGCAACAUGCCAUGCAUUUUUGUUUCCGGAUGACAUUGGCUUACGUCAAGCUCCAAUAUUCAGUGAAAAAACAGAUGAUGAAGAUUCAGGAAAUGAUGAGCCAACAGACUUGUAUUACAACGCGGAGAGGCGAGUAAGCCAACAAUCACGGAGUUCAAAUCCUCAAAAUGUAAUUCCUGUUAUUCCGAGUCCGCCGAGAAUAGCGAACGAGUAUAAAAAUAUACCGAAUAAUCUUCCUUUACCAGCGAGCAAUGUUACACAAGGACAGAGUCAGAAUGCUAUUGGCAACAACGCCAAGAUUUAUUCAUGGGCUUCAACCAGUUGUCCGACGUCGCAGAGCAACAAUUCGAGCGGUUCAAAUUCGAGUCAGUCGAUUUCAUUGGCGAAUCUUCGAAUCGCCGAGCCGCUGGUGAAUACGCGGCUCCAAACGUCGCCAGAUCCGAACGACGAGACAGAUGAAAAUUUGCCCAAUUUGGACGACGUCGUAACGCCGGACGAAAAUUUACCUGAUCACGUGUCCCGUAGUAACGAUCCUCAAUUGCCGUGGAUUUAUCGAGCUUACGGGGAAGUUGGAGAAUCUUCCAGGCCUCAAAAUUUGGCUGAACGCGUUGAAAUGCUGACCAAUCACAAGCACAACGAACACGAGCCGAUUAACGAACCAGGACUCGUUGAAAGACUUCCGCCGGAAGUGUUACUCGCCGUUUUUUCCUAUCUCGACGACGUUAGUCUCUGGUCAGCUGCAAAUGUCUGCCGGCGGUGGUACGGCCUGUUACUAACUCAUGUACCUUCCCAACAAUGGCAACAACAUGUCAAGAUUCAUUGGCCUCUCUACAGACCUAUUGGCAAUGUUGACAAUUGGUUCAAAGUUUACGAUCGUCUGGCAUCUUCCGCACCAUGCAGAAUGUGCUUCAGUCUGAUGUGCUUGAGGGCUGAACCUUCCAGGAUGGAGGAAAACUCGUGGCGACGAAAUCGACUCAGAAGUGAACUUAAAAGCUUGCGGAUCGAUCCUCCUGAAGGAAUCGAAGCUACACCGCUCGACCAAAUGUGCUGCCAUUGGCAAGCCACCAUUACUGGGCCCAUCGGAAGCCCUUAUGAAGGCGGCCUCUUUUACUUGUAUUUACAAGUACCUUAUAGCUACCCCAUGUGUCCUCCAGUGGUGAAAUUUUUGACAAAGAUACUUCACCCGAAUGUUUCAAGGCACGGGGACGUAGGCAUUGACUCAAUUCAUCACAACUGGUCUCUGGCUCUAACAAUAUCAAAGGUAUUGAUAAGCGUCCAGAGUUUGCUGACGGAUCCUUACUGUCAAGUAUGCAUGGAGCCUGAACUCGGUGAAAUGUACAUGAACGAUCGGGAACGAUUUGAGGAGGUGGCGAGAGCCUGGACGUGGAAAUAUGCGAUGCACGAUGUGGUGACACCGACGUAGCGUAGACCAAUAUUUUUUAAUGCGCAGAUAGAGCUCAAGCAAGAAACAUUUAACUCCACCAUGAUCGAUCGAACGUCAAAUUGACGUAUCAAGCCCACUUGGACCGAGAUUCUACGAACUGGUUAUGUCAUUCAGAGAUAUAAAUGAAAAUGGACGUGAAAAAAAAGAUGUAAUAAUGAAGCGACAGGGUGAAUAUGUAGCUCCGGCAAUAUUGUCAGAGUGAAUUGUGAUCUAAUGAAGAAGCAAAGAAGUGAAUUGUCGCCGAGAGUGAAGAAUAAACGGAAUCAAUCUUGAA